UCAUUAUAAAAUGUCCCUCUUUAUCUUUACCCUCAAUCUUUUGAUUGUUUCAACCUAAAGUGUGUGCCUUGUGGAGAGCAUAAGGUUGAGUCUCAUUUUUGUCUACUCUAACAAUCUGCCUUAGAAUGGAUCAAUUCAUUCACAUUUAUGGUUAUUAUUGAUAUACAGUUGAUGCUCAUUACUCACGGAUUUUGUAUUUGCAAAUGCACCUACUUGCUAGAAUCGACUUGUAGCCCUACAUCGAUGCUCAUGGGAUUCUCCCGGUCACUCACACACAUGCACAGAGCAGUGGAACACUUGCUGCCCUGAUGCACGUUCCUGGCUGAGGUCCAAUAAGGUGAUGUUCUGACCUCUUGCUUCAGCUCAGACUGUAACUAGUACCUUGUUGCUGUCCAUUUAGUGCCAUGUUUCUUAAUCAUGUACUUCUUAUUGGUGAUAUCACUGCUUUAAAUGGCCCCUAAAGUACAAGAAGGCUGUGAUGUGCCUUAUAGAGAAAAGCCAUAUAUUAGAUAAGAUUCAUUCGGGCUUGGUGGUGUUGCUCUUGGAAGUGAAUUCAGUGUUAAAGAACCAACAAUAAGUAUUUAAUGCACAUUGUGAAAUAAGAGAUAUUUAUGUCUCUGCCUCUGGUUCCUGCUCGUAUUUGGACUUCGACCCCAGUUCUUGAUGCAGACUUCCUAAAUCUCUUGGAACUUCCUGGAUGGCAGGAGCAUCUUCGGUUCUAGUGAGGGCACCCUGGGCAGGCUCCAGGAUGGGGCUGGUCCCCAGAAGGCCUGCGCUGGGAGUGGAAGCCUGGGACUUCCAGCCCUACCCCCUCCUCUGGAGACGGAGGGAGCUGCUGACUGAUCAUGCCUACAUGAUGAAGCUCCAUAAAAAUCUCCCAAGUACAGAGUUUGGAGAGCUUCCGGGUUGGUGAACACAUGCAUGGGUCAUGAGGGGGGCACACCCAGUCCACAGGUACAGAAGUUCCUCUGCUUUGGGGACCCUCCCAGGCAUCUAGCUAUUUAUCUGAAUCCUUUCAAAUAUCCUUUGUAAAAAAUCAGCCACAGUACGUAAACUAUGUUCCUGGUUUCUCUGAGCCCCCUUUUCUCAAAGCCCAGAUUCUGGAGUAUUCCCAUUCCUGAACCUUCCCUUAAAGUAGAUGUUCUGUUGGUAAGAGCAAACCCCUUGGGGCUGGAGCAGAGGGCUGUGAUGUGCAGAAAGCCACCUGAUUGCUGCUGCCCCUGUCAGAGCACCAGCGUACUUCUCCUGCCUUUCCUCUGGGGACACACAUGGGUAGGAUGGCCCCGAUGACACCCAGGAUGUCAUUAUAUAGGAUGUAAAUAAUACAGUGGCAUUUACAGCGACCCAGUGUUGCCAAACACAGCAUAACACAAACAACAACCAGGAAAGGAGGGCUUCACUCAGCCUGUCACUGGGGCAACAAAUGCACCCAGAAGGGGUAUAAAAGCCAGCACCCUGGGUACCUCACACACACACACUCACUCACACACUCACACACACACACACACACCCUCCUCCAGCCAACCGCCCAGCAUGGCCGCCUCCACCCUUUCCGCCUACUCCAGUGACCUGAGCUACGGCAGCCGGGUCUGCCUGCCCGGGUCCUGGGGCUCCUGCACCAGCCCCUCCUGGCAGGGGGACGACUGCCCCAAGAGCUGCUGUGAGGCCCCCUGCUGCACCCCCAGCUGCUUCCAGUCCAGCUGCUGUGCCCUGGCCCCCUGCCUGACCCUCGUCUGCAACCCCGUGAGCUGUGGGUGCAGCCCCUGCCAGUCAGCCUGCACCAGCUCAUGCACACCCUCCUGCUGCCAGCUGUCUAGCUGCCAGCCCUCCUGCUGCGAGACCUCCUCCCCAUGCAAGCAGGCCUGCUGCGUGCCUGUCUGCUGCAAGCCCAUCUGCUGCAAGCCCGGGUGCUGUAAGCUGGUCUGCUGCACGCCUGUCUGCUGUGAGGCCUCCACUUGCCCAACUUCCUCCUGCUGCCAGCCGUCUAGCUGCCAGCCCUCCUGCUACACUUCCUCCCCCUGCCAGCAGGCCUGCUGUGUGCCCGCCUACUGUAAGCCCGUGUGCUGUGUGCCCGUCUGCUCUGGGGCAGCCCCCUGCCCAGCUCCCCUGUGCUGCCAGCCCACCCCCUGCCCCCUGUCCUGCUGCAGACCCUCCUCCUGCAUGUCCCUCAUCUGCUGCCCUGUGUGCAGGCCCGCCUGCUGUGUGCCCACCUCCCCCUGCUGUGCCCCUGCCUCCCCCUGCCAGCCCAGCUGCUGCCGCCCGGCCUCCUGCGUGUCCCUGCUCUGCCGCCCCGCGUGCGCCCGCCCUGCCUACUGUGGCCCCACCCUGACCCAGAAGUCCUGCUGCUGAUGGGGUGCAUCCCCCAACCCUCCUAGGACCAACUUUGACUUUCACCUGUAAUCUUGGGAGCCUUGAGCCCCGUCUGGGCUCUCCUUCUGCCCCAGAGCCGCUACCUCUGCAGGCUGGGCUGAGCCCUCCCCGCCCACCGGCCCCAGCGGCUGGCUCUAUUUCCUCCAUGCCCUGCGUCUCACUAGGUCCUACUCUCCAUCCCGGCUGGACUCUGUUGACAAUGUUCUGCUCUCUGUAAGUGACCUGUCUGUCACAAUAAAGCCCCUGCCUGUCUCUCUCUGAAGGUCUUGAAUGCAUAUCUGGGCGAAGCAUGGGGAUAAGGGCUGAUGCGGCCUGGGCUUCCCUGAGACCUGGCUGUGGGCUGCAUCUGGGGCAACAGCACCACUGGGCAGGCCAGGCCUACCAGGUCGCCCUGCAGCCUCCAGCUCAGAUAGACCCGCCUACUGGAGCCGCCUGUGCUUCUCAGAAAUCAGUGAGGGAUGGGGGCCGCUUGUCCAGGCCCUGGGCCUGUCACACUGAGGCCUUGGGGCUUUGCUAGGGGCAAAGGAGACCCCACUUAGUAAAGCAUCUGCCUUCAGGGCGUGAAGCCCACCCAGGGCCAGCUUUGGGCAGGCUGGUGCCAAUCACGUCCAGCGACCCCAGGCUCAGAGCGGGUGCUGCCCGCUGUGUGAAGGUACCAGGAUGGUGAGAGCCAUGUGCAGUGACCAUGGGGGCCUGUGUCAAUCACGGCUGUCUGGGGAAAUAACUAAUGGGGUUGUGUGUGUGCACACAGCGAUUCACGUUGAGGACGUGGCUCAUGGGGCUGUGCAGACUGGAGGGUCGGAAGGCUCCAGGGCCGGCUCCCAGGGGCACCGUGGUGCUGCAUCCCAAGUGUGAAGGCUGUCUGCUGGUAGGAUUUCCUCCUUGGUGGACCUCAGUCUUUUCCUUAAGGCCUUCAACUGACUGAAGGGCCCACCCAUGUAUGGCAGAUAAUCUGCUUUGCUCAGUCUGCUGAUUCAAAGGUUAUUCUCUUCUAAGAGAUACCUUCAGCCCAGCAUCCAGAUGUGUUUGACUGAACAUCUGGGCACAUGCCUGGCCACGAAGACACAUAACAUUAACCAUCACGGGGGACCUAUAGCCAGGAUUCAGAUAUUUGGAAGUGGUGGGAACUCACUGGGUGCCUCCGGGAAUUCAAGGAGUAAGGCUGGUUGCCUCUCAAAAAAUACCCAGAGUGAUUCACACUGAUGCUGCAGAGCUGGGGCUGGGCAGGCACAUCAGGAGGGCGCAGGACGCUGGGUUCCCAUGGGGAAGGGCUUUGGCCGGAAGGGCCUCAGAUGCCCUCUGGCCACAUUUGAGGGAAACCGAGGCACUGUACAGACCCUAGGUCAGAAGGAAGCAGGUGUCCCAUGGAGGGCAUUUCUUGGGCCCAAGCACCAUUCCCACUUCCAGGGAUCCCCACCCGAGAGCCUGCAGAUGACAAGACAGCCCCCCAUGAGCGCAGGUGGGG